AUGAACGCAGCGCAGAAUGUUGACAAGCUGGCACAAAACACUGCUUUAAACCAAAAAACUUCAGGAAUCAACGCUGCUCUCAAAUACACAGGCAUUCCAGCUUCCUGGCUGAGUAAAAGACCGAAGCUUCCCUCCAGGAACUGGCUCAUAUUCCUAUCCGUCACAAGCUCCAUCGUUGGCCUCUAUGUCUAUGACCGUCAACAAUGCAAGCGCAUUCGUCAGUCAUAUGUACAUAAGGUAAAAAAUCUGGCGGAACAGCCAUUGGGAGCGCUCGAUAAACCUCGCAAAGUAACGGUUUAUGGUGCUAAAUGGCCAGGAGACGAAGAGUACGACCAAAGUCUCAAGUACUUCCGGAAGUACGUUAAGCCCAUAUUAGUUGCUGCUGCCGUCGACUAUGAAAUGGUUGGAGGGAAGAAACACGGAGAUAUUGCUAAUCGAGUAGCGGAGGGCAUACGGUUACGCAGACGCUUUGACCUUGGAUUGGACCCGGAGUCCGAAGUAACAAAGCAUCUUCCUACUUAUCAAUCUCCUGCUCAAGUCCGUAAACGAGAGCUGGACGGAGGCAUCGUAAUUAUUGGCCGACCCACUUUUAAGGAAUUUAUGGCCGGCUUGACGAGAGGCUGGACAGAUGGCUUGGAAAAGGUCGACCAAGACGAAGUUUUAGCCAAGAUCUUGGAGGACGACCACCAUUUUGAUGAACCGGAAGACCCUGAAGAAAUGCGUGAGGCUGCUCUUCCAGUUCAACCCAAAGUUGCUCAUAUGUCACCUGCCUUUGCUCCAAUUCAUUCUUCGCCGAGGAGCCAAGUGUCGGUUCCCAAAGACAUGGAUGCACCACCUGCUGUUGUUCCCUUGCUCCCGCCUCUUCUCCUCGUCCCCUUCACAAAUUACAUCGGCAUCUCGCAAAUUCCCCUGAUGAUAUGGGACUUCUUCAACCAACGGCACAAGGUCCGUUCUGGUUCAGAGGCUGGUUAUACCCUAGUCACGAAAAAUAUUCGGCGCAUCGAGGUCUCUCCACCCAAACAGGAACCUUUGUUCGCUGAAGUGGUAUCGGCAGGUAUUCCUCCGCUGGACCUCGACUUUGACAAGGGAGCAGAAAGUUACUACAAAAAUUCUCUUGAUUCUAUACCCGCGGAAAUCGAGAAAUCACGACAAAAGUAUUAUGAAGGCCUCGCACCGAAAUUAGCCACUGCACGCGAACUUGCCCGAGGUACCCGAGAACCCACCAAGGAAGAGAUCGAAAACCCACCACCAACUGAGGUCGAGCUGCGAGCGGAGAGGGUAAAGAAGGAGCGAAGAUGGCGCGACGACGCCGUGGGUUGGGAUAUUGUGAAGCCGUCGACGAGUGUAGCAUGGGAUCCGAGAUUUACGGAAGCCUUGUGGAUUUUCACUCCCCCUCAAACAGAGAGAUCACUCGACCUUGACCUCAAAUCCAAAACUUAGAACAUUUAUAGUUCCUCUAUAGCCACCAUUUAAUACUACAUGAUAUCACCA